AUAUGAUUUAUUUUGCUUGUCAGGAAGACACAGUCCUGAUUUUAAUCGUCCAAACUUGAAAAUGGAAAGAAAGGAUGAGACGUCCCAGUUCGGCUUGAAUUUUGUCCUGUUAGGAGAAUCAGGUUCAGGAAAAAGUGCAGCAGGAAACACAAUACUGGGACGAGAAGCUUUUAUCUCAGAAAAGAGCCACAAAUCUGUGACUCGAGAUGUUCAGAUUGAACGUGGUCAACUUUAUGGAAUCCCUCUCACUGUUUAUGAUACUCCAGGAUUCUUUAACACAGGACUGAGUGAUAAACAGAUCAGACAGAAAUUUCAGAAUGUUCUCAGCUCAUGUGAAUCAGAAUCAGAAAUCUGUUCGUAUCUUCUGGUCAUAAAGGCAGACAGAUUCACUGCAGCAGAGAGAAGAACUGUGGAGCAGAUUGAGGAGCUCUUAGGAGAAGAUCGUCUGAAGAAAACCUGGAUCCUCUUCACCAGGGGAGACGAACUGGAGGAAGAUAAUCAGACAAUAGAGAGAUUCAUUAAUCAAACAUAUGAUCUGAAGAAGCUGGUGCAGAAAUAUGAGGACAGAUACCACGUCUUCAACAACAAGAUAAGAGGCUCUGAUGAGCAAGUGAAAUUUCUGAUUGGAAAAGUUGUACAGAAAGGUCAACAAUCUGCUACACAUCUGCACAGAAGGAAAGAGAAAACGACAACAGUAAGUUGCAGCAGCAGUUCAGACAGAAGAAUCGUCCUGCUGGGGAAAACUGGUUCUGGCAAAAGUGCAACAGGAAACACCAUCCUGGGAGAGAAACAUUUCUUAUCUAAGCGUAGCAUGAUUUCUGUAUCUAAUAAGAGUGAAGCUUCGAGUGGCCGUGUUGGUGACAGGGAUGUUACAGUGAUUGAUACUUCAGGGCUCUUUGAUACGUCUGUUUCUCGUGAAGAGUUAGUUACAGAGAUAGGAAGAAGUAUCUAUUUAUCCAGUCCAAGACCUCACGCUUUCCUUCUGGUUCUUAAUAUAAUUGACAGAUUCACAAAACAUGAGGAAAUAAUUCAGAAAACUGAAAUGUUAUUUGGAGAUGAAGUGGCGAAAUAUACAAUUAUUCUCUUCACUUAUGGAGAUCUGUUAGAUGAAGAUGAAGAUGUAGAGAAUUGUAUUAGUGAGAAUGAAUCUUUAAGAAAGCUUGUAGAGAAGUGUGGAGGUGGUUAUCACGUCUUCAACAAUAGAGAUACAAAUAACAGAGAGCAGGUCAGUGAGCUGUUAGAGAAGAUCGACAGAAUGGUGGAGAAGAACGGAGGAAGCUGUUACUCCAACGAGAUGUUUGAGGAAGCAGCCAGACUCAAAAAAAAGGUAGAAGAAAUGAUGAUGCAGGAGGUAGAAGAGCGAAAGCAAAGAGAAAAAGAAAAAAGAAAGAGAGAGACAGAAGCAAGAGUUACACAGGAAAAGAAUAGAAUGAGAUCACAGUUAGAAAAGGAAAAAGACCAGAGUGAUUGCUGUAUCCUUUAAAGUCAGCGUUAGUGCUGUCAAACACAAAGAGGAAUAUAAGAUGAUGGAAAUGGGUGACAUGGAGGGAGUUAAGAUGAAUCUAAGGGCCUAUGACUGACUGGGGCCCUAAUUAAUUAAUCAUUAACUAGUACAGUAUGUAUUAUGUUUUAUUAAAUGUCAUCAUUCAUUAAACACUUUUUUUUUAUGUUUUAUUUUUCUUAAACAUCCAGAGAGCUCUGUUACAUCUACAUUUAUGUCUAGUUCACACUACACGAUUUUUGCACUGGUUUUCGCCCCACAACUGGUGGACGCUAGAUUUACUGACUCGGGAGCAACUCGGCGUUUGCUCGGUGAUCAAAACUCGGCUCUCAAUAGCUAAGAGUGAACCGCUCAACAACUUGAUCCGACCGGCUCACCAAGCACUCGGCGACCAAAUCAAGAUUUCUAGCAUGUCUGAUAUCUGAUCUGAGUUGCACAACUAGCAGUGAGUGCUAUGUCGAACAGCCAAUGAGAACAUAAGAUAUGGUCAGAGGCGAAACAGGAGAGGAGUAUAAACAGGUGGGACAGGGGGAUAAUAUAGUUUAUAUCAGAAUACACCGGCACACACUCAAGUUUUACAGUAUUUCUGACUUGAUCGUUCUCUACAAAACAUAAUACCCAUGCUGCAUUGCAAAAAUAUUAAUUAACCUCCAGCUUAUUAUAGAACAAUCCAUACUGCUUGUGUUGUCAAAUCAUUUUUUUUUUCGUCCUUGAUUUUACGCUGCACAUCAGCACACAAACACUUUGAUCUCUCGCUACUUGAUGACGUGCAUUUUUAGACAUGGUAUCAUUAAACUUCUCAUCACUUCUCACAUGUGCCAGGCACAAAUUGUACUUGCUAGCAGUGACCUGUGGGUAAGGAGUGGAGCAUCAGUCUCAUUCUAAAGAAAAAUCUGGUUACCUAAAACAAAGACAGAGCAACAGUGUCACCCAGUUUUCACCAGUAAACGGACAUUUAAACUGUAAAAUACGGUAUUUUUUUUUUUAUAGAGAGUAUUAGUCUUUACGGAGCCCCUGAGGAGACAUGGUGAUUUUUUUUAAUAGGUAAAAAAAUUAAUUCUGUAAAAAAGUGGUGCGCACGACUUACUAAGUGGUAAGUAUGACAUACUAAGUGGUGAGCAUGACCUCCAUCAGCCAAACAUCUGAUACAUCCCUAAACUUCACAUGCACUUGGUGUAGCCAUGUAUUUUUUAAUAAUGUUUUCUAAUUUUCUAAUGUUUUGGCUUGUCAGUGUAAACGUUCUUUUUCAUUAUGUUAUUACAUUAUACGUAUAAAUGUUUAUUUUAUUAUUACUUCAUUUUAAUUAUAAAUAUUAAUUAAUGUUAUUACCUAAAUGUUUAUGCUAUUGUUAUUGUUCAUUAUAUCUCUUAUUGUAACGCUCUUCUGUAAGUCUCUCUGUAUAAGAGUGUCUGCUAUAUGCUGGAUAUGUAAACAUGACAUGAAUGGUUAUGAUAUUACGCAGCCACGUUCCCUCUUUUACUGUCAAAGAAUUGAAUUACAGACCACACCCAACAUACCUGAGAUAAACAGAACAGGUUGAACUACUCAGUUGGAGUUGUGUGGUCGGUUACCAGGGUGUAGAGCUGGAGCUGCAAAUUCUAAUAAAUAGUUUAAAUGUGGUGAGUUCAUUUUGUACCAACAUAGUUUACCACCAUUGAUUUGCAUUUAUUACUUUUACAUUUACACUUUUAUUCACUGCAUUAUUCAAUCAUUAAGUUUUUAGAGGUUUUAUGUAAUUUACUUAAUCACAACUGCUUAUUUUGAAUCCUCUAUAUUUUAUUUUAAAGAGCAAUGCAUAUAAACCAGUUCUAUUUUAUUACCACUGCUAUGAUUGAAUGCUGCACUCAUGUUCUACUAUGAAACGCUGUAUUUGCUGUUUAUGCUGUCUAUAAAGUUAAUUGUUUGACUUUAUUGGUAAGUUUUAAAUAAGGUUUACAGUAACAAGCAGUUACUUUCCCACAAGUGUAAAGUAAGUAGAUGUUAUAUAACUGUCUUCCUAUAAUAAAUGUAAUAUUUUAUUGGAA